AUGGACCAAACUCGCCUGAGUGACUCAGAGCUUGAAGUCGAUCUCCAAUCAACCGCACCAAGUGUAGGAUUUCGAGCCACAUGGUGUGAGUUGACAAGGCGACCUCCUUGUCUAUUUGGUCAGCUGUCUCCCAGUCUCGCAUCAUCAGCCAAUAGCCUGGACUUUGCAGCAGAAGCCGACUCACAGACAAGCUCAAUCAAGGACGAUGAAACAGAGACAAAGAUUGAGAACAGAAGAACAAUUGGUGGCAAGGAACCGGGGUUAAUGAUGGAGAAAGCAGAAAAUCCUGAUAAUUGCCCUUUAAUUAGUAGAAAGGUGAUACCGCUAUGUCCCAACUAUAUGGAGGAUCAUUUUGGCACCUCACCCAAAGUAUCCGCUGAGCAGCUUGGGGACUCCCAAACAUCAGACAACUUAGCCGAUCUCUUCGCAGACUCUCCUCCAAGUAAUGCGUCUGAGGAUAUAAGUUUACUGAAUGUGAAGGCUGAAGUGACAAGAUGCCUACCCCAAAGUCAUCAGACAUGUAAUCAGCAACCGGUUAUAUCAUUGAGGCAGAAUAUUAAAUAUGGAGAUAAGCAUCAGAUUAGUCCAGAUUUCCAGUCUCUGAUUUUCAAAGCAGAUGGUGACUGUGAUGAGUGGAUAUCUGUGCCAUCCGGAUCCAACGACGUUUCUUCCGAGCUUCUCAAUCUGGCCAAGCGGUUAGCUCGACAACGAGAUUUCACUCUGCCGAUGGAACAGAGGUAUCCAAAGAACUUUAUAGAGGAUAUGUUUGAGUCCAUCCCUGAUGAAGCUGUCAUGAAUCCGUGA